AUCAGUUCCAGACACAGUUCAAGCCUUCAAGGGAUCGAUUCAAGUCAACGGCGCCAGCCAGCGAGCUCCGGCUUCGAUUCAAGCGAGCGGCGGGGCGGCCGGUCCGCCGAAGAGCAGCUGCGCGAUACGCACCGGCGGCGACUGGGACGGAUUCAUGGAGGUCGUGAUGGGGUUGCUGUUGAGGCUCAUCCUCAAGGUCGGGGAUCUGCUCGUCGGCGAGUACAAGCUGCAGAGAGGGGUCAAGGGGGAGAUCAUGUUCCUCCACCCUGAGCUCGAGAGCAUGCAGGGGGCGCUCAAGGAGAUUGCCACUGCUCCUCCGAACCAGCUCUGCGAGCAGGACAAGAUCUGGGCCAGCGAGGUGCGGGAGCUCUGCUACGACAUCGAGGACAGCAUCGAUACCUUCGUGGUGCGUUGCACGGGCGGCGCGCCGGCAGGGCCGCCGGACGGCAUGUGGGCGUUCAUCAGUCGGAGCCUGGAUCUGCUGACGAGGCUCCGGAUCCGCCGUCAGGUCGCCGCCGACAUCCGAGACAUCAAGAGGCGUGUGGUUGAGGCCGGCGAGCGGCGCAAGAGGUACAGGGUCGAUAUGGCUAGGCCUGCUGCUGCUGUCGAUCCUCGUUUGUUGGCGCAUUACAGGAAGGAGACAGAGCUUGUUGGGAUUGAUGAGGCUAGAGAUGAGGUGAUCAGCAUUCUGAUGGAAAGGGAUGAUCAGGUGGCCAACCAGCAUGGCAAGGGGGUUUCCAUUGUUGGAUUUGGGGGCUCGGAAAGACGACCCUUGCUAAUGCAGUGUAUGAAAAGCUCAAGGAAAAUUUUGAUUGCUGGGCGUUUGUUUCGGUGUCUCAAACUCCUGGCAUGAGGAAAUUUUUCAUAUUUUUUGCAUAGUUUUUACGUUGCGUUAGCCUGUUGUUUGUUAGCCUAGCUUGUUUGCCUUGAUCGUCAUGUGUGCCGGUGAGACGUCAGAGCAUAGUUGCCAGUGUGCAUGGUCGCCGUUCUCUUUCUUUCUAAUGAAUAUAGGCCAACUGAUGUAGCAUUUCAUUGCUC